UUCCACACCAACAGGCUUCAGUCUUUUGCAUCUUAUUUCCCUUUGUAAAUAAUAUGGACGAUGCAAAUUUCAGCUCCCGCUACAUCAGGACGUGUUCAGUUGGUUCUGUGGGUCUCGGAUCAGAAUCCAGUUUUAGGGAAACGUAUGCAAAUCCAUGGAAACGUUGAGCAGGUCUACAGAGAGCCGCUGUGUCAGAGAGGAGCGUCAGGCUGCAGCUGUGAGGAAGUCAUGAUGGAGUGAAGACUGAAGCUGGAACCAAACACUGCCGCUCCCCGUUCUCCGGCCGCUCCCCGUUCUCCGGCCGCUCCCCGUUCUCCAGCCGCUUCCCGUUCUCCUGAAGCUCCGCCUCCAUCCAGCGGCUCGGUCAUGAAUCCGUACGGAGACGAUGUGUCUGGGUUUUCUGGCGGGCCGGUUCCGUACUCGGCCUCUAACCCCAGUUACUCCGUGGGUCCGUCGGUUCCUCCUUUUGUCCAGACGGGUCGCAGCACUCUGCCCCCCCCAGCAGCUCAUUUACCCCCCGCCCUCCCUGGCCCCACCCUCACUGGCCCCGCCCUCCCUGGCCCCGCCCUCCUUGGCCCCGCCCCCAGCUCCAUACUGCCGCUGCCGGCCUUCAGCCCCACCGAUAACCCCUACGCCCCCGCCGGCCUCCAGCCGCCCCAGCUCUCCGUCCCGGACCUCCAGCCGCCCCCAGACGAGUCGGGUCCGGACUUGGAGUGCGCCAUCUGCUUCAGUGAGUUCAACAACGUCUUCCGCUGCCCCAAGAUGCUGAACUGUAAGCACACCUUCUGCCUGGAGUGCCUGGCGCGUAUGAACGUCAAGUCUCUGGAGCCCGGCGCCAUCCAGUGCCCGCUGUGCCGCGGCCUGACCCCGCUGCCCCCCCUCGGCCUGCCCAAGCUGGCCACCGACUCGGACGUCCUGUCCUACCUGCCGGCCGCCAUGCAGAGGGUCUACAGCAUCCGCUUCGUCCGCAACAAGGGGAAGCUGCAGGUCAAAAGGUCCUCUGACGGGCCGGGCCGGUCGGGUCGGCCGGGCCGCCGGUCCGUGACCUCUCUCAGGUCGGUGAACCGGACUCUGGACGUGGGGCGUCCCAGCCCGACCUCCAGGGACAGCAGGGGGGAGGCGGGCGGUUUGGGCGGUGCCCUGUUCCGCCUGACGGGCCGACCCGUCUGCCGGGCCUUCCUCCUCACUGCGGUGGUGAUGAUGAUGGUCCUCCUCACCGGAAUCAUCAUCUACCUCAUCAGCAAAUGACUGACCUGACAUCACUUCCUGUCUGCUGGGAGAAAGAAAACUGAAAUAUUUUAUUUUAAACCCUGGAGUCUGAGCGGAGCGGGACGCAGCGGACCUUCAUCUUCCUCAUUUGGGUCAAAACGAACUUCUGGAUGAUGAUGAUGAUGAUGAUGAUGAUGCUUCACAUGUGGAAGGAUUUUAAAGGAAGAGCUGCUGCAGUAAAUUUCAUCACUUCCUGUUUUUUUAUGUAAAGGGUUCAGGGAACAGGACAAGGUCGAUCCCGGGUCAGAAUCCGGUUGAUCAGAACCGGGUCAGUCGGUCCAGUUUCCUCCCAGGUGAAUCUAGAGGUACUGAAGAUUAAACCCACUGAUCUGCUUCCACUUCAUCACUUCAGGAUCAGAUCAGCUUGGAUCACGUUUUCACUUUCACCUCACUUUGUUCUGCUGUUUCAGGUGGUUCUGUUCUGGUACCGGUUCUGCUCUGGUUAUGGUUCUGGCUCCGGUUCUGUUCUGGUUCUGGUUCUGUUCUGGUACCGGUUCUGCUCUGGCUCCGGUUCCAUUUCUAAAUAUAAACUGUUUUCUCCCUCCUGACGCAGCUGCAGAUUUUAAUCUAAUCUUGUUGACAGAUUCAUGCAAACGAUCCGGCUCCAGCGGUUCUGCUGCUCCGUUCAGACAGAGGGCUACACAGAACCAGCGGCCGGUUCCAGUCCAGUCCGACCCGUUCUGGUGGGUUCAUCUCGGUGGCAGAAAUUUGCCUGGACGUUAAAACCAUCAAUGCUUCCCUUCACAGAAAGUUUCCACAGCAGCUCUGAGUUUUAUUUCCAUAAAUACUCAGCAGAGGAAACGGGUCGGUUCUCUGGGUUUGGUUCUGACGGAAUGUUUUUAUCUGGACGGGUCUUUACAUGAACCCAGUGUUUGGACUCUGGGUGGUACUUUGGGUCAUUCUAACCGACCCAGUUUGAUCCGAACUUUAAAUGGACCCAACAGAACCAGAACCUUUCCAGAUGAACUGCUUUGAAUAUGAAACUUGAGCUGAAAUCUGAAACGGUUCUGAAACGUGAUCCGUCCAGAUCGGUUCUGUCCGGUCCGGUUUUAUGUCCCGUCUCACUGUGCAAUGAAUUAUAAUAAUAAUGUUUUAUAUUUUUAUAACCUUUUAUAUUUCGCACUGUCACACUUUGUUUUUUAUCAAAUUUAAAUAAAGUUCAGGAUAA